AUGAACAACUUGGAAGCGACUCGGCAGCAACCCGGAUGGCUGGCAGACAAAGCCAUCACCUUUGGAUUAAGAGGGCCAGGCGCGAGGGCUUUGAUGCCAGGUUCCGACUACUCGGACAGGGACGAUACCAACAUCGCUUCUUCGCUCGUCAGACGCUGGGCCGCCAUCGCAGUGUCGGAGGUCAAAACGGCAAGAGAGGAGUAUGCAGCUUCGCAAGAGUCGCUAGGGGCGGCCGAAUCGGCGACCCUCUCUGCUGCUAGCCGCGCGUGGGAUAUUAAAUCUCUGCAGAUGGCGUACAGCCUCAAGGGUGAGCACUGCAUUCGGAACAUCGUCGUCAAUGCCUUCAUCGAUAGGAUACACGACAACUUGCUGGAUGCUGCAGCUCAGCUCGAUGUACAAGCAGGUCAGCCACCGCCUGCCGAGUCUCUACAAUCCCCAACAAAGUUUCCAUCCAAGCAAUUCACGCCACCUUCGCUCGAGCCAGUUGCAGACGCGCAAGAAGGGUCGAGCACUACUCUGCGAGCCAUUUACAUGCGCAAGAAAGCAGAAGCAUGCGUCAACUUGGCUCAGCAUUUUGAGACCAUUCGAGCGUCCACCGACCUGCGCUUCCCACAGCUCGAGUAUCCUAUUGCCAGAAGCAUGACAAGAACCUUCCAUCUGCAUGUUGGACCCACCAACAGCGGUAAGACGCACGGCGCUCUGAAGGCGCUUUGCAGCGCAAGGAACGGAGCAUACUGCGGACCUUUGAGGAUGCUGGCUCACGAAGUGUGGGAUCGCAUAAACCAGGGUACAGUCAGCCCUGGUGUUGCUGCUCGGCCUUGCAAUCUGGUCACUGGCGAGGAGAGGAGAACUGUCAGAGACGCAUCGUUGACAGCUUGCACGGUGGAGAUGCUUAGCUUUGAUGAUCUUAUAGACGUCGCUGUCAUCGAUGAGAUACAAAUGAUAGCGGACACCACAAGAGGUUCGGCUUGGACAUCUGCAGUGCUCGGCGUGCCUGCCAAAGAGGUGCAUCUGUGCGGAGAAGCGAGCGUAGUGUCACUGAUCGAGAGGAUAGCGGCUUCAUGUGGAGAUAAGGUGGAAGUGCACCGAUACGACCGACUUUCGCCACUCCGGGUCAGCGACAAGAGCUUGACGAAUGACCUUCAAAACAUCAAGAAGGGCGAUUGCGUCGUUAGCUUUAGCAGAUCCGGUCUGUUCUCCCUCAAAGAGAAGAUUGAGCAAACGACUGGAUUGCGAUGUGCUAUUGCUUACGGAGCGCUGCCUCCGGAAACCAAGGCGGAACAAGCCCGGAUGUUCAACGAUCCUGACAGCGACUUGGAUGUCAUGGUGGCAAGCGACGCGAUCGGGAUGGGACUCAAUCUGUAAGUUGCGACCAGGCAACCAUCAGAGACCACAUCUCACCCUCUAAUUCUUUAUCAUCAUUGUGAUGCAGCAAAAUCAAGCGCAUUGUGUUCGAAAGUCUGCACAAGUGGAACGGUAAAGAGACGGUGUCUUUGUCGGGCUCCCAGAUCAAGCAGAUUGCAGGUCGUGCGGGCCGGUACGGCACUGGUGCGCCGGGCGAAGAGGCCGGCGGUGAAGUCACAACAAUGGAAGAAAUCGAUUUGCCGAUUCUUCGAAAGGCACUGGCAGCCCCUUUGCUGCCCAUCGAGCGUGCCGUCCUUGGUCCAACAAACGAUGCAGUGGCCGCGCUAUCGACCCUGAUGGGUGUGCCGCAGACAGGCAUCUAUGCGAAUCAGCUGUACAGCGGAAUCAGACCCGACGAAGCAGGCCGGGAAGAUAGUCAAGUGUGGAGGGCGUACGUCAGCCCGACACAGUAUCCGAUGAGCGAGAACACCGUAGUCAACUUCAACUCGACAGAAGAACAGAAAUUGUUGGAUGCGGACCUCACGAAGACUUACAAGAAGUCAGCAGGUCACGCGAUUCUCGACUGCGAAGUGUACGACAUCACCCAAGGGGUGCCGAGCUUGAGCCAACUUUUCACUGCGUUCAAAGAUCUGGCUAGGGUGGACACGUCGACAUACUACCUCGCUGGCGAAGCUGAGGAGAACAUAUUGGCAGACAUGAUAGAGGAAGCAACACGAGGCUUUGCGAUACCCAUCCUGGACAAAUUUUCCAUCUCCCGAGCUCCUGUCAAUAGCAGGGACGAGCGAGUGCUGACGUUUGCAAGGAACCUGGUUCGUGGAUUUGGUAGGGGAGGCUUGGUCAGCGUCGCGGAAGGCGAACAAGGACUGGACAUGCUCGAAGCGCUCGACAAUGCCGAGGGUUGCCAAAGAAGAGCAGAAGAAGUCGUUGCUCGUAUUUCUGCAAAAGGUUCGGAGGACAAGCGCACGCUGCCCUCUGCGGCGCACAUGGAGCCACCAGGCUUGGACGUAAACUCUUUGCAGCUCUUGGAGUCCCUGCAUCGAUGCGUCACCCUGUACUCCUGGCUGCACUUCCGCUUUCCUCUUGCCUUCCCAUAUGCCGAGCAGACGCUCGAGAUCAAGAUCAGGACGGAGAAUGCGAUCGCGUGGACUUUGGAAGCUAUCAAGUAUGCCAGGAGCAGACGUUUGGCAGCUUUGGAGAAAAAGAGGGAGCAAGAUCGCAAGAGUGACGCGGUCGCCGGAGGACAGACUGGCUCGUUUCAGCGGUCUGGCCAACGUAGGGAUGACUUUGCGUCACGACGUUUUCCACGUGGGCGUAGAGACGACUUUGGGCCUAGAGAGAGCUCGUCACCCUAUCGAGAGAAGUGGGUCUGA